AUUCCCUUCCCCUCCUCGUCUCCCUGACAUCAAGCCCUGUGUGUCUGCACAGCAUGCAUGUAGGAGGAAGACAAUGCAGCUGCUGUUGUUUUAUUUUCUUGUCUUAACUGAUUGUGAGAAGAGAUUGCAGCCAGCGCUUCACUUCGUCUCCUGUCGUGUCAGAUUGUGCUGAGCUCCACAUGAUCCAAGGUUUACAAGACAACUGACAAGAUACACAAAUGACCAUACGCUGAUGGUGCAUGGUAUCGGUGCCUGUGAGAUGGAAAGCUAAGAACUUGGAGAACAUAAAAAUAAAAUAAGCUGAUUCUGCUUCAGGCGGCCGGUGUUCUUUCUGUAAACCUUACUAGUCCUAGUGGGUGAUGUCCGCGCAUCUCUAAAAGACCCUAGUAUUUCGCUAGUUACCAGGAAGACGUCUUUCACAGCAGCUAUGGAUGACUAUGACAUAAGGUCUGCUGCCAGUAUUUUGGCCUCUGUAAAAGAGCAAGAAGCUCGGUUUGAGAGGCUUACCCGUGCUUUAGAAGAGGAACGCCGCAAUGUUUCACUCCAACUUGAGCGAGCCAACGUGCCCUCUGAUCGAAUGAGCAUAUGCAACAUUGGCAAUGGCCAGCCUCUAGCCACUGCGUGGCAGCAACUAGUCCUGCAGGAGCAAAGUCCCAGUAACCAAACCUCCAUCGCUAUGAUGCAGGAACCUCCUGAGAUGCUGGAAGAAACUGUUACUGUGGAGGAAGACCCUGGAACUCCCACUUCCCAUGUGUCCAUAGUGACAUCAGAGGACGGAACUACAAGACGAACAGAAACAAAGGUGACAAAGAUGGUGAAAACAGUCACCACUAGAACUGUGCGCCAGGUUCCACUUGGUCCGGAUGGAAUGCCAGUGCUUGAUGCCUCCUCUCCACUCAGUGGUUACACAGAUUCUAUUGAUAGAAGAUACAUGAAAAAUGGGGAGCGUUUUAUCACACCACAAGCAUCCUCCACCUUGACUAGAUCCUACAACAACAGCUACAAUGACUCCUAUGGUGACCCCCAUGACACCCAAUACAGACCAUUUAUGGGGCAUGAAGGCUAUGGAGAUAUAACUGACAAUUAUGGCAGUUUAUCCCGUGGAGUUAACUAUCGCCCCCGAUAUGCCUACACUCCAGGAAACAGCUACCGACCUGAGGAUGGCAGUUAUACUUUACCUACCCGCCGGGAAAACUAUGUUCCUAUUGCUCAGCCACAGGUGCCCAUUGGAAGCAAUGUUGAUCUUAACCGAUCCCAGCCUGAGCGUUUUCAGCCUGAGCCAUAUGGUCUGGAGGAUGACAACCGCAGUCUUGGGGCAGAUGAUGAAGGCUACGAACUAGAUCCUGAUUAUUCCACAAUCAACAGAAGAGUACUUCCUGGCAUGCCUCUCACUGCUAGACCUCAUAAGGGAAGACCCUAUGAUGAUCCCUUGGAGGCGGAACUGAUUGAGGAGAGAAUACCUUAUCUACAUGGUGGAUAUGCAGCUCCAUUGGCCCAACCAGAAAGAGGAAGCCUGGCCAGCAUAGACAGGUUGGGCAAACGUUCUCCAUCUAUUGACAGUAUCCGUAAGGACCCAAGGUGGAGGGAUCCCGACCUUCCAGAAGUGAUUGCCAUGCUCAACCAUCCGAUUGACCCAGUCAAAUCCAAUGCUGCAGCUUACCUGCAACACCUUUGCUAUGAAAAUGAUAAAAUAAAAAAGGAGGUGAGGCAGCUGAAGGGUAUCCCCAUAUUAGUUGGCUUGUUGGAUCAUGUCAAACCUGAGGUCCAUCGCAAGGCUUGUGGAGCCCUCAGAAACAUCUCAUAUGGGAAAGAUAAUGAGAAUAAGGUGGCUAUAAAGAAUUGCGAUGGCAUUCCGGCACUGAUCAGAUUGCUACGGAAGACAGAUGACAUGGAAGUCAGGGAGCUUAUAACAGGCACCCUGUGGAAUCUGAGUUCCUAUGAACCUUUAAAGAUGGUGAUCAUCAACCAUGGUCUCCAGACGCUUACCAAUGAAGUUAUCAUCCCUCACUCCGGGUGGGAGAAUGAGCCCAAUGAAGACUCCAAGCCCCGUGAUGCAGAGUGGACAACUGUUUUCAAGAACACUUCUGGUUGCCUAAGGAAUGUGAGUUCAGAUGGUGCAGAAGCCCGUCGGAGGCUGCGGGAGUGUGACGGCUUGGUGGACGCUUUGCUUCAUGCGCUUCAGUCUGCCGUCAGCAAAAAGGACACAGACAACAAGUCAGUGGAAAACUGUGUGUGCAUCAUGCGCAACCUUUCCUACCAUGUACACAAGGAGGUGCCAGGAGCAGACAGAUUCCAAGACAUCGAUGCAAACCACCACAGUGGCAUUGGGGGACAACACAAGAAGAAGAAGGAUGAUGCAGGCUGCUUUGGAGGUAAAAAAGCUAAAGAGGAGUGGUUUAACCAAGGGAAAAAGAAUGGGGACCCUGACAAGAACUUUGAUACUCUUGACUUGCCCAAACGAUUGGAAUCUGCCAAAGGUUUUGAACUCCUGUAUCAACCAGAAGUUGUCCGGCUCUAUUUAUCCAUUCUGACGGAGAGUCAAAACUUCAACACAUUAGAGGCAGCCGCGGGGGCCCUCCAGAACCUGAGUGCCGGGAAUUGGACUUGGUCAACCUAUAUACGUGCGACAGUGCGUAAAGAGCGAGGUCUACCAGUGCUUGUGGAACUACUGCAGUCCGACUCAGACAAAGUGGUAAGAGCCGUGGCCAUCGCUCUGAGGAACCUCUCCAUGGAUCGGCGCAACAAGGACCUCAUAGGGAACUAUGCUAUGGGGCAGUUGGUGCGAAACUUGCCUGGAGGGCAGCAACGUCCAGCUAAAAACCUGGAAGAAGACACAGUGGUUGCCGUGCUGAAUACAAUUCACGAAAUCAUCACGGACAGCUUAGAGAAUGCCCGCUCCCUGAUACAGACACAGGGAAUCGAAAAACUCAUCACAAUAAACAAAUCCAGCCAGUCUCCCCGAGAGGUGAAAGCUGCAUCUCAUGUUCUGCAGAUGAUAUGGAGCUACAAAGAGCUGCGGAGCUCACUCCAGAAAGAAGGAUGGAAUAAAGCUAAUUUCCAGUCAGCUGUGUCUACAUUGCCAAAAGGAUCCAAAGGCAAUGGGAAGUCAGGCUUUGAUGACAGCACACUUCCACUGGUGGAUAAAAGCCAAGUAAACAAGAAAUCUGCAAGCCGUGACAUGAUACCCAUGGGGGAGCUUGGCCCUGAUGGGUAUUCAACCAUUGAUCACCGGGAUAAGGAACGUAAAUAUAGAUCCAAUGAGAACAUGGGAGAUCUGUCAGAGAAGGAACCGUUGAAGAAUGACUCAAAUAAGAAACACAUUACCCGGAGUAACAGGCCUACUGUGAAUCUGGUGGACGCACGAGACACUAAACCGCAGCCUGUUGACUCCUGGGUCUAAUUUUGCAUGCAUGGGUUAAACGUGUAAUAAAUAUUACUGGGAAGACAUUUUUUUUUAUUUUAUCUUAAACCAAGAAUUACAUAUUUGACAAAAUAUAAAGGGUGUCAUUACCUACCACUGCCAUGUUGUUUUACACGGAAGGACCAUUGAACCUUUUGGGGAAAAAGGAACGAGGGUUAAAACUGCCAUCUGCUGUGUCUGAGAACCAAACUACAUGAAUCAUCGCCAAAAACCGCUGUUACUUAAUUUUUCUUCAGAACUGAUACUUUUUUAAAACAUAAUGUAUAGUAUAUAUUCAUAAACAACAUUCCCUUUGAAGUUCCCUGCACCUUUCUCCAGUUGAAAGAAACUUUUAUUGAUUGAUUCCAGGAAUGGUGCUAGUCUUGAGGCUGAGAGGUAACAAGAAGGGAAAUGUUUUUAUUGGACAGCUUUCCGGCAAGAAAUACAAAGCCGCAAAACUUUAAAAACAGACAUCGAGGAAAAUAUGAGCACUUUUUUUUUCUUGUUUGCUUUAUAGAAUUUUUUUUUCUUUAUUUCAUCUUGAAUUGUGAAAAUGGUAAUGAAGUUUUAUAGACUGAGAUUAAUUUACUUCUUUCGCUGCCAAAAGUAGAGAAAACUUUUGUUGGGUUUGUGGUUUUUAGGAACAUGAAGAGUAGUGAAAGUUGACUUGUGGAAAGGAAAAGUUGGAAAACAAAUUGUUACCAAAUUUUUGUAGGGGAAACAGCUACAUCGUGCUGGUCUCUUCGUAGCAGAAAGGGUUGGAAUGUGAUUCAUGAGGCCUCUGACGCUCAGCAGUAGGACUCCCCAGACCCACGUCAUCUGACUAUGAAACAUGUUGAGAAGAACUAAAAUAUUUCUGGUUUUGUUCUCAAAUUUAAUCGAACUUCUGUCUGAAUUUAAUAGAACUUCUGUCUGAGUGUGCAUGCCAUAUUGAAUGCUAUUUGAGAUCAUAAAUGUACAGAUUUCAUAUUGUGAAACCCCAAGGUGUGUGUGUGUGUGUAAGUACAUAUGUAUGAAACGCACACGCACAAGACCUUUAUGAGAUUGAGACCUAGAACUGGAAUAUCAGGUCUACAACAUCAGAGAGAUACAGUGGGUUUUUAACUGGUUGCAACAUGUGUACAGACACUUCUGCUGUAUGAUAAUUUUGCCUUUUAACAUCUGCUUACAUUGUAAACAUUUCCAAGGAAUAACCACAAUCUGAUGCUUCAACUUUGCUUGUUAGGAAUUUCUCUGAUCAUCACAUACUGUUAGUCGCGUAGACAAGACCUUACGCCAUAAAACCAUUGCAUUCAAUCUAACCUUUUGAUUAAAAUAACAAAUCACAGUUACUGUUUAAUGUACUUUCAGUAGGUGCUCUAAAAACUCUUAUUAUAAAGGGGUUGGUUUGAGUUUUGUCCUUGGAAUUUGUGAUGGGCAGGGUUUUAUAUAAAUUCUAUUGUUUUCUGUUAUAACAUGCUAAACUUUGUGUGCUAAGAUCUGUUCUUGGAUGUACAAACCUUAUUCACGUAAAAGGAUCACUUAUGAACCAUC